AAACGGCGCCCUUCUCCACAGCAGGUAGGCAGGCUUUAAAUGAGGAAUUGACAUUUUGGAGGACUCAUUAAAUCUGAAGACAUAUACAUGUGAAGAUGAAAUCUAGUCCGUGAAUUUGGAUGUUGAUUGAACAUUCAAGUUGAAUCUGAUAAAUGGCCCAUUCCCCUCGGCACCUCUCCGAGCUCCAAGAGCGGGCGUAGGUCCCCGCGUGGACGAAGUCAACGCUUCGCUGGGAGGUUGGCCCUACAGCCCAAGGGGACGAGCUCCGCGUGAUCAGAAGUGGGAACAGCUGGCAGCGCCAAGCAAGCUUAGGGAGGCUUCCUGUAGGAGGGGGGCUUCAAUUGGAGUCCUGAAGUACUGGCAAGACUUGGAUACUCAGAGGGGAAGUAGAGACCCGGUGGGGGUGGGGGUGGGGGUGGGGUGGAAUUGGCUGGGACCAAGGCCCAGGGGCAGUUCCAAUGGGGAAACCUUGGGUCCAAUCAUAUUCUAGAGCGUCCUGUGGUCUAAGAUACCCGGUCCCCUUAAGUUGGUGCUGGCGGGCAAUCAAAGUUCCUGGAAGAAGGCCCGACACCCUGUCUAGCCUCCGAACCUUAUGCAGCUCCAGAGGGAAAAAAAAAAAAAAAACCACGUUAGGGUGCUGCCCGCUCUCCUAUUCUUAGCGCGGCCACAGGAUUCUCAGACAGCAAGGGAAUCUGGUCGGAAGCGGGGGGUGUCCUCUGGUCUGGCACAGGUGGGACAAGUCUCCCAUCACACCCUCACCAGUCCUUGUCCCGGUCGCCCACUGAUCCCGGCAUCAGGCCCGACCGGAUCCCUUCCUCCCACCAGCCUGGGAGCCGACCACUGGCUCCCGCGCCCGGGCCUCGGGGCGGGUCCCUGCUGCACGCACCUGCCCCCGGGGGCGGAGCGCGGCAGCGACUGCUGGGCCCCAGCCUUAGCCACCGGCCACGCUAGCCGCGCCGCGCCCUCACACCCCCCGCCCCCUGCCGCCGGCGCACCUCCACUCCGCAGCGCGGCCCGCCCUCCCUCUCCGUGCGGUCGGUCGGUCCCUCCGCCCGCUCCCAGUCGCGGCGCCUCGCACUUCUGACUCGAGUCCCCGCAGCGCUCGUCGUCGCCGCCCGGAUCCGCCGCCCCGCGCCAUGCAGCCGGCCGCGGGCAGCGAGCGCCGCAGCCCCCCGGGCCCUGCCGUCCCGCCGCCGCCCCGGGGCCACGCGCCCUUGGCCGCCGCCCCGGGUCCGCUGAGCUCUCCCGCGCGGGAGCCGCCGCAGCCCGAGGAGGAGCGGCAGCUACGGAUCAGCGAGAGCGGUCAGUUCAGCGACGGGCUGGAGGAUCGAGGCUUACUAGAAAGCAGCACUCGACUAAAACCUCACGAAGCCCAGAACUACAGAAAGAAGGCGUUAUGGGUCUCCUGGUUCUCCAUUAUUGUCACACUAGCCCUGGCUGUGGCCGCCUUCACUGUCUCCGUAAUGAGGUACAGCGCCUCUGCUUUUGGGUUUGCAUUUGAUGCCAUCCUCGACGUACUGUCCUCGGCGAUUGUGCUGUGGCGUUACAGCAAUGCAGCCGCUGUGCACUCUGCCCACAGGGAGUACAUAGCCUGUGUCAUCUUGGGGGUGAUAUUUCUGCUGUCAUCUGUGUGUAUAGUGGUCAAAGCUAUCCAUGACCUCUCAACUAAGCUGCUCCCAGAAGUGGAUGAUUUCCUGUUCAGUGUCUCCAUUUUAAGCGGGAUCCUUUGCAGCAUCCUGGCUGUGCUGAAGUUUAUGCUGGGGAAGGUUCUGACCAGCAGAGCUCUCAUAACAGAUGGGUUCAACUCCCUCGUGGGGGCCGUGAUGGGCUUCUCCAUCCUUCUGAGCGCGGAGGUAUUCAAGCACAACUCGGCAGUCUGGUACCUGGACGGCAGCAUCGGGGUGCUGAUCGGACUCACCAUAUUCGCCUACGGGGUCAAGCUCCUCAUCGACAUGGUGCCCAGGGUGAGGCAGACGCGCCACUAUGAGAUGUUUGACUGAAGGUGGCCAGAGGCGGCCAGCCUGCAUCUGCAUGACGACUGUCCGGACGACGAGAGGUUUCCACGCAGGCAGCCGGUGCCAACAUUUAACUGAACAUCCAGUUUCUUUUUCGGAAAGUUUGUGCUCACGGGACCGUGGUCCCCCCUGCCGCCAGCAGGUCAGACUGCACUGCCCCCACCCUCCACCGCCCUGCCCCUGCCAGACACCGUAGGACAAUGUGCACGGAGCGGGGACCCGUCUCCAGCGGACACUUUUCCAUCUCCUGCAGUAAAAAGGGUUCUUGGGGGUGGGAGAAGGAUCUCUGCUUGGCAGAAAGCCCUUCCGGGGUGCUCCCAGCCUGCAGUGGAUAGAGCCGACCACGCCCGCCUCCUCCGGACACCACGUGGCUCCAGAAUCUCCACCUCCUGGCAGGUUUUAAGGGAAGACCUUCCCCUUUGGUCCCUCACCCCUUUCCAGACCCAGAACCAUCAGUAUAUAUCACAUCCUAAUUUCUAUUGAUGUAUUUCAUUCGUUUCAUACAGUUUUACUAAUCCUCGAUCUAAACAACAGAUUUGUUCCAAAGGAGACCAUUCUAUUUUUAAAGUACUUAGUGAAUAGAUGUAUGAGCUUUGCAUGGUCGAACUCAGCACAUGACCCUUUCUUGUACAUUCAGAACCUGAACAUACAUGUAAAAAACAGCAUCCAUUUUGGACAGAUGUGAAACUAGUUUAUUUGUAAUAAAUAAGGGUAUAACUGAUCCAUAUAUGCAUAUAUCUAUAUGCUGUAUGACGUGGGCAUAGUGCACUACAGUCUGUUAGAGGCGCCUUCGUCCCCUGUAAGGAACCAGAUGUUCAUUUAUGUAGCAUUCGUCACAGACUCUGUAAAACACGCGACGUUCUGUACCUCUCACACUGUGACAGUGUCUCACCAAUAAAGACUGGUACCUGUUUUGUAUGGUAUGGGGAGGUGAUAGAGUUACCACCAUCAUGGGGGAGGGAUGAAGUGGAAGGGGUUGCACGUGCCUGGGGUGGAGCCCCUGCAGGGCUGGCUGAUGGGCUUGGUGGCCUCUGUGUCUGCCUGCCGCCCAGGGAGGGGGAGAGAGCACCAGACACAUCCCUUUCAGGAGUGCUCAUGAUGCCUGUUCCCCAGGCCUCACCCCCAGCUUCUGUGCCCCUCCCGCAUCCAACGCUACCUCAGGCUGACUAAGUUCCGAUCAAAGAGGUUACUGACCUUCAUUCAAACGGAUGGUUUCAGCGGGCUUUCCUCCAACCGUAUUUUGAGGAAUGUUCUAUGGGACAUUAUAUAUUACACAGAGAAAAGGGACACUUUUCAGCUCUGGGAAGACAAGAUUUAAUAGAUUUCUGUAGGUUUUUCUCCCUGUAUUUAAUGUUUAAUAUAGUUCCCCUGUGGGGGCUCAGGGAAAGCUAUGCUGUAGCUUCCCCUGAGCUUAUGCUCGGUGCCUUUUUUGGGGCUCAUAGCCCACCAAGCAUGCUGGGUGCCUCUCGUCGUAUCUCUGCUCCAGGCAGCAGCCAGGAUCUCUGCCAGCUUCAGACAGACCAUGCCCCAGCCCCCAGCAUCACCUACAAGCCGCUGAUGGGAGCAGGAACUUGACCUUCUUUGUUCCCAGGGCAUGUUCCCAACUAAGUACUCAGGGACCAGUAAGGCCUGAGCCAAUGUGCUCUUUCUGAGGUGGGGAAAUAUGCCAGAUCUGAUAAGCCCUCAGCUAGCCUCGCAAGGGCAAUUUUACUAGCACAUCCUUACAGAUUUAUAAACAUCUGAUGUAGUACACUGUUGCCUUGAAAAAAGAAAAGAGGUGUUACCAUCAUGGCACAUCAGAAAAGAAUCUGACUAGGAACCAACCAUGAGGUUGCCGGUUCCAUCCCUGGCCUCACUCAGCAGGUUAAGGAUCUGGUGUUGCCAUGAGCUGUGGUGUAGGGUGCAGAUGCAGCUUGGAUCCCACCACUGCUGUGGCUGUGGUGUAGUCCGGCAGCUGUGGCUAUGAUUGGACCCCUAGCCUGGGAACCUCCAUAAGCUGCAGGUGUGGCCCUAAAAAGACAAUAAAAAAUAAAACAGAAAAGAAGAAAAGCCCACUUGCAAAAUCCAGUUCCAUGAGUUACAGGGCAGGGAGCCUGCUCUGAAAUUAGCAUCGGUAGCUGUGACCUAAGGGAAUGUUCCCCAGUGAAAGCUACCCUGCCCCCCAGAGUUCGUUAAACCUACCUUCCUAUUGGCGUUGUCGGCAGUGUGUUUGCAAGUGGUGAAAUGCAGCGGCUGCUGGCCUUGGGGGAUGCAGCUGGAUGGCGGCUGGGCUUGGUUCUGCUGGUGUCCCUGCACCCACCUGGCACCCCCCCCAAAAAAAUCACUGCUACCCGUCACACAAGAAAAGUUUAUUGAAAAAUAAAGUUCUCCCUAGUUUUCUCUACAACAGUGGAAAACAAAGCAGUGCUCUCUACACUGGUACAGUACAUUGGACAACAACACCUUAUUUGCAGACUCCUGCACUACUUAACCCCGGAAGUGAACAGUAGAAAAUGGUCGUACCAGUUGCUGGUUGAAGACAUAAACACGAACGGCCAUUAGCUUACAGACAUCGAGGUUGUGACAGCAACUACAGCAGAAGGGACGUCACCCUCUCCUUUGGCAUCGAUCGUUCCACUCUUGCUUGUCCUGCUAGACAGGACAGUGAGCAAAGGUUUCCCAAGUUUGCUCCACUGGAGCCUCGGUGGACAUGGCUGACUGUGCUAGGCUCCCGCCCGGCUGUCCCAGGGAGACUCCAGCACUGCAAGUGCUCUGGGCACCCAGACCACCCCCACAGACACAGGGUCCUGCCCACCAUGUGAUGACAGGGUUACCCUUCUGUCCCUGUCAUGCCUCACCAGCUGCAGGGGACUCAGGGUGUAAUCCUAAGGUGCCGCAGAAUCCGGGAAAAUAGAGGAAAUGAUGCUUUGAAGAAGGUAAAUGCCAAUACUUACAGAAGGAUAAGACUGCAAUUCAGCUGCAGAGAAUCCAAAGGAUCUUAAAAAGACACUGGACUCCAACACAUUCCUCUAUUUUCAACAACUACAGUCUAUCCAGAAUAGGGCCAAGCUAGGAGAGGAAAUAAAAUUCUAAAUCUAUACAGGGAAGUUAAGAGGCUGAAAUCCUAAUAACACAAAAAGCAAACUGACAUUUGGGUGACUUGGGACAACAUCAUUAAGCCAGGAGUAGCCUCUUGGAGUUCUGAAGAGCCCUGCCACCCCUGUGGAAUUAAACUUUAAUUUGAUACCAACAUAGCAUCUCACCAGCUCGGGAGUCUGAUCCUCCUGGACUGGACAGUGGAGGAGCCACCCUGGCCAGCAGGGGGCAGCAAAGGGACUUCCCGGGGAAGGAGUAAGUGGACUGGGUCAUUCCCUUUCCCUUUAAAUAAAAAAGCCUCUUUUAUUGCAUUUUAGAGGAAGAUAGAUAGCUCUAAGGGGACAGACAGUCUGUCAGAGAAUUCAUUUUAAUUCCAAGCUCAAAAACUUCUGCAAAGAGAAACCCUUGAAGGGGCUUGAAGGUAUCAGUGGGGUGGGAUCCAGCCUGUGGCCAGAGGUCACCCCUUAUCUCCAGUUUACAAAUUUCUUGUAGGCCAGUUCCACCUGGGCUGAAGGCAGGCAUAGUUUCAAAUCACUGCAUUCCUGCACACAAUAAUGUUUCCAUCAGCAGGGUGGGCAUGGGACUCGGGUGUUCUAAACCAGUCACUCCUACAACUUUCCAUCAACUUAGUCUUUUCCUAUAGGUAUUACUUUGGAAUCAGUGAUAGGAGGUGAGCUCAGCUCUUUUCUCUCAAAUUUUAUGAAAUGCAAAUAACAACACUACUUAACAUUGACUAGGGCUUACUCUAUGCCAGACACUGCUAAACACUGAAUCCUCACAAGAACCCUAAGUGCUAAGAAAGCUAGGGUAAUUGUCUUCUGCAUCGGACACUAAACAGCUAAUUUGGCCUUUUCUAGAAAAACUUGGUUUUCCUUUUUUUUUUUUUUUUCCCCCUUGAAGCCAACGAGAAGGAAAGGAACCUGCCCUCCGCUUUAGGAAAUUCUCACCUUCCCAAAGAAGUCUGGGUGGCUUUACAUCUGUCCAUCUCUUCCCAGAAAGGUGCUCUGUGGCCUCAGAGGGAAGGAUGGGGUUAGAAUGAAGCCAAGGUGGAAAUGAAAAUUUUUUCAAUAAAUAAAACAAUCCAGGCUCGGGAGAGUAACAUAGCAGAGCCUGUCGUUAAUAGACCUUAAAAAAGAAAAAAGAAAAAAAAGAUGGGGGUGGUGGCAGGCAUGGGAGAAGGUGGCAAAGUCCCAAUUACAUACACAAUCUAGGUAAACCACCUUGGAGAAUAGGGCCGCCUGCCUUGGUUGGUGUAAAUAAACACUAAACCCUCCCAUAAGCAGCAGUUUCACUGCAGCUGUUUGCAUUCAGGCCUCCACUACCAGUGAGCUGCACUGGGGAGAAGUUGCCAUGUUUGCCAGGGCAGGGAAACAAGAGGGGCUGCAUAUUCUUUCCCCUCUGUCAUGCUAACCAGGUGAAGGGGUUUGGGGCCAGUCCUUCCCAUGAGCUCAGUGGGGCAGCUUCCCCUCAGGCAGGCAUGUCUCAGGCGUGGCUGCCCCUCAGCCAGUGCCAGGGUGGCUCGGAGCACAGGCCUGCGGGCACGUGUCCAUCAGCAGUUCCCAGACAAACACAAAGGCCUGAUGGAGCAGCCUGUCAGGGUGUGGGCUGGUCAUGGAAGCCAGUCCUUCUCUUGGGGCUCUUACACCUUCAGGGGGGUGUCUGUGCAUGCAGGCUGUGGCUGAGGGGCUUGGAGGGCAUUUCUGGCCCCCAGCCUGAGUUGCCUGUGACAAUGCCAGGACAUGCCCUAGCUCCAAGCUGGAGGCAUCUUUCUUCAGCAAAACCCAGAUUCCAAAGACUGACCCCAAAGAAAAGUGAAAAGGCACAUCAGAGAAACAAUAAAUAUCACCAAAGAAAAGGGCUCUCAGUAUUUCCAAACAUAAAAGCAAAUACAAAAGUAAACUCUUAAGCAGUGACAAAAACCCAAUCUAAGCAAAACCGCAAAACGUUUGUCCAAUUGUACAUGUGCAAAUCAAGUUACAGACACAAAAUAAAUGAGGUGUUUACUGGCAGUAGAAGUGUGUUUCCUCUUUCAGGAGUUUUGACUCUUGAAAGUCUUUACGUUUCAAAGGUAAGCUCUCUCUCCUAUAAUAAAUUAAAGAUUUUCCUCACUUUUUUUUUUCUUUUUUUAAAGAACUUAGGAUCACAGUGAAGGAAAAAAAAAAUCCAAGCUCAUUUAAGAAAAAAACGUACAAAAACUAAAAAGACCAGACGAGAGAUAAGAGAUAGAACACAGGAAGACACUAACUCUGAUUGAAGAUAUGUCUCCCUGUAGAACUGCCAUCAGUUACAAAUUGGCGCAGGAUUCUAUCAAGACUGGCAUCAGCUCCCAGUGCACGCUCUGAGGCUCCUUUCUCUCCCAGGGCAGGCGGAUAAUGCACACCUUCCUCACAGGGCAGAUGACACCAAUGUCCUCUUGGGUGUCACUGACCAGACUUGGGCCAAGUUUGUGGAGACCUGGGAGCGGGUAUAUAUCUGGUGUCUCCACCUCUACUCAUAAUGCUUAACAACUGGAGUGUGUGUUUCUUUGCCCCAGGAGCUGCAACCCUUUGGGCAGAACUCUGGCUUAUUUCAGGCCAGUACUGGAAUGGGGGAAAUGAGGGAUCUUCCAAUGGGGGAAGUCCUCUCCUGGCUGCUUGAUCAGGGGGUCCUGAUGUGGGCAAGAGGAAUUCUUGAGAAGGCGGAGGGGCCCUGAGCUCAGGGGCAGCCAGCAAACAAUCCCUGCAACUUCCGGAACAUAAGGCUGGAUGGCACAGCAUCCUUCUGAGAACAGGGCUUUCCAGCUUCCUUGCUCUGAGUUUCUGUGCUCCUUCUAACAGCUCUCUGCGAAACGGGUUCAUCUGGCAAAGCGUGGGGACGUGGGUUUUGGCUCACAGGCUCCCCCUGCUGGUCAAACACCUGCACUCACAUCCUUAGUCCUGGAAGCUCCCAGAAGAGCCCAGGAGAGGGCAGCACUGACCCAGGAAUGUGCAAGUCUGGGCGCUCAAGCAAAUUCCCACUAGCAAGGCUGCAGCCGGGAAGCCCAGAACCAGGGAAAAGCAGUUCCUAACAGCAGGAAUGGCAGUUGUUCCAUCCCACUGCAGGAGGCUGCCCUUGCAAAGCUUAAAAGCACCCUGGCAUUCACGCCCAAAUCACCAGGCUUUCCUGUAGACUUCUGCCCUUGUUGCUGUUCUCAGCCAGUUGGUGAGGGGCACCCUGCAUCGAUGCUCAGGGCAGAGGUCCUCCUUAUCAGCAUUCUCCUUGGCACAUGUGUUUGUGGGUCACCUUUGUGGUGGGGAAAUGCUGGCUGCCCUCCCCUCCCUCCUAUUCUCUAAGAUGGGAGGUGCAAUUAAGAUCCCCAAAAGGGUCCAAAAAAAAAAAAAAAAAAAAAAAAAAA